CAAUUUUCUUUCAAAAUAAUAAUGCAAUUUUAACCACAGCUACUUCACAUAACAUAAACGCCGCUGCUGCCCGUCGCUGUUUCCCCUCCGCCGCCUUUGACUGCUGCCCUCUUACGCCGUCGCAGCUUGCCCGCCUCCGACUUCUCUGCAGCCCCCCGCCGUGUCUUCUGCUGCUGCCGCCAGUGCUGUCUUGUUACCGUCCACUUCAAUCCAUUCCAUAGGACUUCAAUAAUGGAGGGAAACUCGACUCGUCCUGAUAAUGUAGAAGAUGAAAACGAAGAAGAAGAAUACGUAUUACUUGAUCUUGAUGCGGUUUCUGGGCAAGUUGAAAUUCCACCAAAUGCUCCAUAUGUUUUAUCUGGUCUCGACACGUUGAAUCCUAGACUGAUAAUAGAUAACAAAUUGAAAUUGAUUGGAGAAUACGAGGAAACGAUCGGAACAGCCUUGGUUUUUACCGAGGAGGAAGCUGCCCCGGUGGUUCAUGAGGAGACAGGACCAUCAGAAGCAAAUCUUUUCUCUGGUGCAUAUAUCAUAGAUCCAAAUCAAUCUCCCGUUAAGCAGGUGAAGCCAGUUGCCUGCCUUCAGAAGAUUCUAAAGUUUAAAGUGUUGUUGGAUGAUGAUGUCCAAGAUACAUCCAUUGGAGUGAAGACAUGAGAUAUGUCAAUGUAGAUCCGUCUAUUACAAAUUCCGUAUGCUAUUUUAUACUGGAGAAGAUUUUCAACCGUGUUGUAGCAUAGUGAUCACUAGCAAACACUUUUGCAUCUGUUUUAGAAAAAGCUAACACAACACAAGGUUUGUUAUCCAAACGGGAAAUCUAGAAUUUGAAGGAAUUUUUUUUGUUAGCUUAUCUAGUUAAUGCCCUAUUGUAAAUAUGUUUCCUUGAUAGUUAGGGAUGUUUCAUCAUUCAUGCUAAUUCCUUGAGUUAUGCUUGGCAUCAAGUUAUUUUUCAUACCA